UGUCUCUACGGGAUGUGCUCAGACUUGAAGUUCAGUGUCUCCUCCAGCCCCCAUCCGAGCAAGACAUACCUGCCCGACUGCUGCUGAGCUUAGCUCAUAGACGGACGUCCCCUACGUCACAUUCGCCGGCUGACAUUAGGCUCGUCGACGAUUCUUAACACGCGUAUUCGCUUGCUUCAUUGACGAACAGGUCUUUUUUUAGACGUAUUUUGUGGCAGUCGUACGCGCGUGUCCAGUUUGAAUCACGCAGAUAAGAUAGCGUUGCAGGUGUAGCCUCAGUAGUAGUUCUGUAAAGUUCAGAUUGUUAUUGCAGUAUUUGUUUCGUUGGCUGUGUAAGCAGCUUCAGCCAUGGCCGAUUUCCCCGACAAAGUUUCAACGAACACGACCAGCAGCUACCCGGCAGCACAAUCGUCAUCACAAAUCGCUUUGGACAAAGGAUUUGUGAAAACCAUUCCGGGUAUACUUAUGAUCCUCGAAAUAGUGUUUGGUCUCCUGGUUUGGUCUCUGGUCGCGGCCACCAAUUACACGACCGUGCCUCCACUUGGCUGGGUCCUGUUCGUGGCCGUGUUCUUUUGGCUUCUCACCGUCUUCUUCUUCGUUGUCGACCUCUUUGCACUCUACACCCGGGCACAGAACAUCAACUGGUUGCUGGUGGGCCUGGUCUUCAACGCGUUCGCUAGCGUCCUUUAUUUCUCGGCUGCCAUAGUGGAGGCAACCAUAGCCAGCUCCUGGACCCGCGAUGGGCUCGAUAUGUACGGGCACCACAUUGCCGCCACGGGUUUUGGCUAUAACCUUGCUGCUGCAGUCAUUUAUCUUACCGCUGCCAUCGCUGACGCCGCAAGCAGCAACAUAUACGAAGGAUAUGAGCGAUCACACCUGGUGGCAUCCACGUUCUUUGCCUUCGUGGUGACAUUGCUGUACGGUGGCAGCUGCUUCUGUGACUUCCGCGCCUGGCAGGGGACACAUGCCCCCCAUGCUCCCAGCAACCCCGGCGACGUACAGAGAGCAGUCCACGCCACGAACGUGGCUAUCGUUCAGAUACAGGCAGUGGAGUUUCACACGGCAAACACGGACGCGCGAGUCCCAACAGAUGCACAAGUGAAUAUUUACAACCAGUAGGUUGUACGCACGUGUCCGUGAACACGCAACGAGGUGGUGGUCAUUCGUGAAUUUAUUUUAUUUCUUCACUUUUUGCGGACGGUGUUGAAAGCAUGGCCUGUAAUGUUAAUGGAAUUGUAUCAUCCCCAUUUGUUGAUUAGUUGAAUUUAAGCAAGUGAAUGCAGUGUUCAAUUGUUUCCCGUGUAAGAGUAUUUAACGAUUAAAACGCUUGUUUAAAGAGAAUGAGAGAAAACCCUGAGACAUAUCACAACGACGAUAAUUAUGAGUGUAUUAAUAUAAAUGUUCAGUAUGCGUGCCUUACUAUAUGAAGAUUAAAAAAGGUAUUUAGUACGUAUGUAGUAAAUGUAGGGAAUGGGGUGUCAAGUGUUUUAUACGAUGUGUGUACACAUUUACAUUUUACAAGAAAAUUAAUUGAAUAUUUGCAAGAUGGCUUCCUUUUUUAUGGAGCAAAUACAAGAAAUACAUUUAAAGAUUUCAGUAAAAUUUUUUUAUUUUUUGUUAUAGUACAGUACCUAGAUUUUAAAUAAAAAAUAUGUUCAUAUUUCAAAUGUACAGCUUUUAUUAAUAUUAAGGUUAAACAAUAUCUCUUCAAUAUAUUCGAAAAAAAAAACAACAAGUUGAUACAUUGAAGCUAUAAUAGAGGGCUGGUAUUUUUUUAGGGUACAGUAUUUGAAAAGCAAGAACGGUAUAUUAAUACAAACAAAUUACACCAAUUAAAAUAUAUCACACGUUACAGUUACAACCCCCUAAAGCGUUGCUUCACGAGCCGCUGAGGUUUUUCUCUCCUCAAAAGCGGAAGUCUCUUUGGGCUUUUAAUUAAUCUCCAGGUCCUAAAAUCCUACAAAAGCCAGAGUCAUAUUUGCCCAAUGUUAGCAGGUGUUUGAAAUUGCCUUGUGUGUGCAUUUCAGUGAAAUGUCAGAAGUCAGGCUUUUAAUGCAGCCGUUUUCCAAGUGAUACCAAGGUAAAUGAUAGCCAUUCACGAAGACACAGUUCAAACAAGGGACUAAAACGGCAUAAAAGUGUAAUUUAUGUGCUUUUCAUGAAGUAUGAUAUUCCACAUGUACUUAAGCAUGCCCUAAAGCGACGGUUAUUCAAUGAAUACCGUUAUUCUUAAACCGCCUUUUAUGAUACAUGUAAUCGCAAAGUAUUGUCAUGAUAAUUGUAUAAUUUACAGUCGCCAAGCUGUAAAUGGUUUAGUAAGACUGCCUUUAAAAUUAGACGGCUGCAUAUACGCGUGCACAUCUGGCAAACUGCUCAUCCUUUCCUCCAUCGUACACGAAACAAUAUAAACCACCUGGUAACGAGGGUGCGACGAUUAAAAUGUGCCCGAUUUAACACCUGAUCAUGUCAAUAAAGUAACCGGAUAAAAGCCGCCUUUUUUUUUACAAAAACAAUUCCGUUGGGUGUACCAGUUGCCUCGCUGUCACGUCAUCAACACAAGUGCUCAUUUGCUAUCGUCCAUUUGGUGUGCACCGAUACAGACACAUCACGUUCAAUGCCGAGGGUUGACAUUUCUAUGGCCGUGUUUUAAAAUGCUCCGAAGCGGUUUAAUGAUGAUGUGAAUGCUACUUUCUAUAUGUAGUCACAACGAGCGCUUUUGUGCUUGUUAUAUAUUUUUUUUACCAUAAACACGACUCGUUUUAUAGCGACUACCACGACCCUGUGUAAACGGCGGUAAAACAAGUGCAUUGUUAUUGUAUGAUAAAGGAACUGAAAUCAAUCUUUGUGAAACUUUCAAGAUUACACAUUUGCAGAGAGGUGGCUCCUUGCCACGUGGCACAAUCAAGUUGUGCCAUCAAGCCGAGACGGUCCAAAGGUUCAAAAAUUCGAGGGUUUGUGCGGCGUUCGGCGCUGAUGUUUAAAGCGAUGCUGCACGUAACUGGGAAAAGAAAGGAAGCGAGUCCCGUUGUAGGUGCGUGACUUCAUUUUCUCUGGAUGGCGAUCCAAUUCCAAUCACGGGUUUCACAAGAGGGAAUGCGCACGCACAUUCCACAGUGGAAGCGUGUUCUUGGGGCGCCCUAAACGAUACGCAACGCCAAGUAGAAUUCAACAUUCUGGGGCAAAAUAAAAGAGUUUCGGGCAACAAUGUAGAGAGAAAAAAAAAUCACAAACCAUCUUGCUCCCAUUAGUCCACGAGACUUCUCGACUUGUCGGUAACCACCUGAUGUGCCAUUACUUAAGUCGUUUCAAAUUCCGUAUGUGGCCGGUAAUAGUGAAUUGUGUGAAACAUUAUAAAAUGAGCUGGCUAUCAAAUAAGUCACUAUUAUUUAGCCGUGUAAAUAAAUCGACGUGACAAAAUUUUAGCUAUCUUUGGUGAGACCAAUACCUGCUCUGGACCAUGGAUCACGUGCAAAUAAAUGUGCCUGUAAACGUGUAAGGUGUUGUGUAUUUAGCUCUCCUGUAUUUGACACGGCUGUUACCAUCGUCUCAAGAUUCUAACACGCUCCUGAAAGUAAAAGGCGCCCCAAAAA